AUGCACGAAAACCCACUGGAUGAUACAGAGUCUCCUAGCGUUCUGCGCUCAAUGGAGAUGGCAACCUAUGGCAUACCCACGAUAUCCUCUCUUCUCGUUGCUACAGGAGAACUCAAGAAUGCUGAGACUGCAUCGAAGCGCGCUGCUGACACGGGGGUCCUCCUGCUCGAACUUGGGCUGAACGAACCCACAUCAGAAAGAGCUAUCGAAGCAAUAGCUCGGAUGAACUUUCUACAUGCUCAGUAUCAGAAGUCUGGCAAGAUCAGUAAUGAUGAUAUGCUCUACACAUUGGGCAUCUUAGCCCUUGAACCUUUGAGGUGGAUCAAUCGGUAUGAAUGGCGAAGCUUGACUGAGCUGGAAAGGUGUGCUUUGGAUACCUUCUGGAAACAUAUGGGUGACGCAAUGAGAAUUGAAUAUACAAAAUUGCCUUCGGCAGCAAACGGAUGGCAAGACGGCCUGCAUUGGCUUGACGAAGUGCAAGACUGGAGCAAUCAAUACGAGGAGGCGCAUAUGAUACCUGCUGGUACUAAUAAACUGCUUGCAGAUUCUCAAUUCAACUAUUUACUGCCUACAUGGCCCGUAAAAUAUCGCUAUAUCUACAAGAAGAUUAUAGUUGUAUUCCUCGGACAUCGGUUGCGUCGGUCAAUGAUGUAUCCUGACUCUCCUCAGAUAUAUCACCGUCUUACAAACGGCGCUCUGGAGAUCAGGAAGCUUUUACUUCGUCAUCUAGCUUUACCCAGACCCUAUAUCUUGCGCAAUCGCUGGAUAGAGUCUACACCUGAUAGCAGGGAACGUCAUUACGCCUUAUCUGACUAUCUAGCACAUCCUUGGUAUGUAAAGCCCACUUUGAUGCGACGAUGGGGACCGCGGGCUUGGAUCUCGCGCCUCUUUGGAUAUAGGGUGCCUGGCGAUGAUGGUGACAAGUAUCACCCACAAGGCUACAUAUUCGCAGAAGUAGGUCCGCAGGUAUUCAGCGGCAAGGGCAGCAAAGAUAUGGAUCAAACCAGGGCUCGAUUAAAUUGGAGCAAGACCGAAGCCAAAUUUGGAUGGGUUAGUCAACCUAAUCAACGCGGAACGCUCGAUAUAAUAUGGAGUUGUGUUAUUACGCUUGCACUCUGCGCUUGGGCGAUGCUGCAUCUGAACGUGCCUGCCAAGACAGACUCUGAGGUCAAGAUUUUCCUCCGCAAGGUUCGAUGGAUGACUCUUACUAUUCUCGCACCUGAGCUGGUCAUGCUCUUUGCAAGCGGCCAGUGGGCUUCAGCCAAAAGAUCAGUGAUCGAUGUGCAGCGCCUGGGUCGCCACGACUGGACAAUUGUACAUGCAUUCUACGCUGAUAGCGGAGGAUUCGUGCUUCAUUCUGAAGAUGUUGUGCCUUUCCCUGUCACUGCAAAGCAGAUACACUAUCUUGUUGAGCAAGGACAUCUAGCUGCACCCACCAUAACGAAGAAGGAGAUAUUAGACAAGAGCAAGGCAGAUAGGCUUGCAAAGGUGAUUGCAGGUUCACAGGCUAUUUGGCUGGUGGCUGAAGUCAUUGCUUGA